AUGGGCAAACGUCGAAGCAGCUUUGUCGCCAGUGAUGAUUCUGGCGAGGAGCGACCUGUCAAGGUCGCCAAGAAGGCCGAAAAGGGCUCGAAGUCCAGCGGUGGGGCUGAUGUUGACUCUGAGGGCAACACUUUUUGGGAGCUUUCCAAUAAGCGUCGGGUGGUUGUCCAAAAAUUCAAGGGGAACAUGUUUGUCAACCUACGAGAGUAUUAUGAGGACAGUUCUGGUGCGAUGAAACCGGGCAAGAAGGGCAUCAUGAUGUCCAUCGAUCAGUACAGAUCACUUGCCAACCUGGUUCCCUCCAUCAAUGCUGAGCUGCGCAAGAAUGGUGUUGCUAUCGACAACGACGCUGUUGACGACGGCCAGCCUUCCGGCGGAAAGGCCAUGGAGGCCGGCAAGAUAUCAAAGAAAGUCAAGUCGGAGGCCAAGAGGGCUAACAUAGAGGCUACUAGCGACGAGGACGAUGAGGACUAG